CUAAGGAAGGUAUACUAUAUAGCGCAUACAGAAAAUGCCAUUCUAAAAUGCACUGCUCUAUAACACACGGGAAGACAUAAGCAUAUAUCCGAAGUACGCCAUUUCUGGCCUUCUCCAUUCAACGCAUUUAAUCCAUCUGAUGACCCCACAGCCCUCUGUCUCCAAACGAGUGAAAAACAUCUCGAUCAGCAAACCGAUUGUUUACGGCAACACCGCCACGCCGUUUGGCCCAACGAGGCCGGCCGACGCGCCAGUGGACCACACACACCACUGGACCAUCUAUGUGAAGGACCCGGCUAUUGAAGGUGACCUAACACCGUUCAUCAAGAAGGUUGUUUUCAAACUACAUGACACAUACACGCCGCCCAGCCGGGUGGUGGACAAGCCGCCGUUCGAGAUCACCGAAACCGGCUGGGGUGAGUUUGAGAUCGGCAUCAAGAUCUACUUCAACAACGCCGAGAGUGGAAACGCCGCCGAAAAGACGCUUCAGCUCUACCACCACCUCAAGCUUCACCCGUAUGGCUCCGAGAUGCUACAAAACAAAAACGGUACCGACGUGAUUGAGAGCUCUGUGUACGACGAAAUUAUUUUCAACGAGCCCACCGAGACCAUGUUUGAGAUGUUGACAGAGAAGCCCGGCAGCUUCCUCCAUUCACACAACAAGAACUCUGAUGUAAAAUUCACCAAGCAGUUGGAGGCGCAGGAGUUGGACCGGCUAUCAAGUGGACUCGAGGUGGUGUUGGAGCAGAUCUCCAAGCAGAAGCAGCUCCUUGAGGAAUUGGAAAAGGACCGAGUCGAGUUGCUUGAAAGCAGUUAGAAGUUAAAGCUUUACAUGAAGAAUAGUUGUCCCAUAACAAAAUAAUAAAUACACCUUUGAAAAAGUAUAUUUG